AUGGAAAAUCUAUCUGCUUUGCUCACGAUUACUCUCCUCCUUUGCUUCACCACGCUAACGUGCACCGCCCGCCCUGAACCGGCCUACUUUGCCUCUUUCACAAACUCUCCGGCCGAUACACUUAGUCUGGAAAUGAUAGAAUCAAAACUACAUGAAGUGGCCGGAGAGAGCUGUGAAAAAGAAGACGACGAAGAUUGCUUGAUUAGAAGAACAUUGACUGCUCAUCUUGAUUAUAUCUACACAGAAAAGAAUAAUAAUUCUUAG